GAGGCGCCUCUCCCAGUAGCGGCGUCGCGGGGCUGACGGAAGAGCCAUGGUGCAGCUCGGACGCUGAAAUCCCGGCGGGGAAGAGCUGGGACUGGAGGGCGGACCGGGCGGCGGGGCGGGGGCUGAAUGCGGGGCGGCUGGGUCGGUAGCGACGAGGCGCUGCCGCUGCGGCUCUGGUGGUCGUUGCUGCGGCAGCGGCGGGGAUCGGUCGCCUCCCUUCGCUUCAGCCCCCGAUCUGCCUCCUCCGGCCGCUCCGACCUCGGAGAAGGGAGAGCCGCCGCCGCCGCGGAGAGAUGAAGAAUAUUGAAGCUGAAGAACAGAUGAGCAGCUGGCUCUUCAAACAGCUUAAACUCCAUUUGGAUCAGGAAUCGAAAUACCAACCUAGAGAAAAAGGGCUGAGUCUGAUUGAGUGCACUACUGAGAAUGAAAACACCUUAUGCCCAAGACUGAGGAACGCAAAAGUGGAAGAUCUCUGGAGUUUGGUCAGCUUCUUUGGAUUUGCCACGGAAACCUUUGUCCUGGCUGUCAACAUUCUUGACAGGUUUUUGGCGCUCAUGAAGGUGAAACCUAAGCAUUUAUCCUGCAUCGGAGUCUGUUGUUUCCAGCUGGCUGCUCAACAGGUCGAGAAGGAAGGCAACAUCCCGUCUCUCCAUGAUGUCAUCCGAAUUAGCCAAUGCAAAUGCACGGUUUCUGACCUAAAGCGGAUGGAGAAAAUAAUAUCAGAAAAACUGCACUUUGACUUCAAAGCAACUACUGCCUUAACUUUUUUGCACUUAUACCAUACUAUUGUACUCUGCCAUACCUCAGAAAGGAAAGAGUUGUUGAAUCUCGACAAACUGGAAGCACAACUUAAAGCUUGCAACUGCCGACUUGUUUUUUCAAAAGCAAAACCAUCCAUUUUGGCCCUGUGCCUUCUCUCUCUCGAAGUGGAGACUCUGAAAUCCAUUGAGUUGUUUGAAAUUCUCCUGUGUGUUCAGAAGCACUCCAAGAUAAGUGACAGUGACUUACUGUAUUGGAGAGAGCUGGUCUCAAAAUGCUUAGCAGAUUAUGCUUCUCCCGCCUGCUGCAAGCCAGACCAUAAAAAACUCGUCUGGAUUGUUUCAAGACGCACUGCCCAGAAUCUUCAAAACAGCUACUAUAGUGUUCCUGAGUUGCCCACAAUCCCAGAGGCUGGAUGCUUUGAUGAAAGCGAGAGCGAGGACUCCUGUGAAGACAUGAGCUGUGGAGAAGACAGCCUGAGCAGUUCCCCUUCGAGUGACGGAGAAGGCGCCUUCUUUUUUGACCUCAAACCAAAAUCAAAGUGGCAAGCUCUCUCCUUCGAUUCCAUGUGCUAGUCUGAGCUGUUCGACGCAUCAUACUAUUUUUAGGCAAUAAGUCUCUUAAACCAGCCCUCUCUCCCGCUCGGGUGCCUUCCAAGUGCAGGCUUCCACUCCCAGAAUCAGCAGCCCCACCCCUUAACUUGUCGAUAAAAAAAUUCUGGGGGUCGAAAUCGACACGGCCGGAAUGUGCUACGGUUGGGGGGGGAAAAAGCUGAUCUUAGCAUUCCUUGUCCUUUGGAACAAGAUCUCAUGGAGUACUCACAGUACGUAUUGUGCUUUUUACCUUUGUACGAUGGUAACGUCUGAUGUGGCGCGAGGGAUCAAGUGAACCAUUUCAAACCUUGCUCAGCGAGAGACGAUCCACAGGAGCACAAGAUUUGCCACCACCGGAGCACAAGACAGCGUCAAAAACUUUGAGCUGGGCUGGAAUUCUCUGCUGAACAUAGGUUGAAUCCUGGUGGUGACGUAUUUGGUGGAUAAAUGAAAUGGCAGUGAUGUAUAUGAAUUUCUUUUCUUUUUUUUAAAGAUUUUAAAUAAUUUUUUUUGUGUUAUUCUUUUAAAGAAAAAGUAUUCCUGGGAGUUUCAGGAGACUUGUUUUAAUCACCAAUGCUGUUUUGGGGUCGAAAUAAAUAAGCUGCUUUUUUGUUUUUUUAAACGCAAAACCAAUCCACAUCGGUUCUGAAGCAUAUUUUAGUGCUAAAAUUUCUAAAGGUGACCUUUCAAAUCCUCAAAUUAGGAAAUGAAAUGUUUUUAGAAAACCUUAGUGUUGCUGUUAAAACAAAAAACAUACUAUUAAAAUUAGAAAGUACCGGAUUUCAAUGUAAAGUCCCCAGUCCCUCCCAUAGCUUAUUUCAGUAUUUCUUUUACAUCGUUAUUAAGUAAAUCUAUAUUCAUUAACUUUUGCAUGCUUAAGUCAAAAUGGUUAGUGGAAAGGCAAUUGAUUAUGGAGAAGUUUUGAUAAAUGUGAAGUUGAUAAAAUGGGUGUCAUGACAUUUAAUUGCUUGCCUUCUCCCCCCCCCCUUUUUUUUUUAAAGCACAGACUUAAUGGUUGCUUUACUUUAGUUCCUUCAAAUAUAUGCAAAGUAAGCAAAAGAAGUCAUUUAGUCUGUACUAAUAAUGUGAAAGCAAGGCUAUGGUUGAAAUGAAGCUGCAAUAAAGUUAUGAUCCUUGCUUUGUGUGUUUUUCCUGUGUAGCAGAGGUGAAUGUUUGAUAACGUGCGGUGUGAUCUGAUUUUUAUAAAGAAAAAAAAAGUUUACAAAAAUGUGUAAAAAUGUAAAUUAAAACCUGUAAAAAAAAACUUAAAAAACAAAAUAAGCUGAAAAAUAUUGUAUUUUUUACAGUGUACGUUACUUUCUGUAUGUUGCAUGUAGAUAUUAAUUUAUUAUACCUUGUAUAUGAUAUAAAUAAUGUAUAUGGAAGGUUGGGGGGGGGUUGGUACUACCAGACUGUCAGAAUGUUUUUUGAAAGCUAUUUUUGCUCAGAAAUAACUCAAGAUUCUCUCUCUCUGCUUCUAGUCAAUAAAACCAAAUGCUUUUUUUUUCUUUUCUUA